AUGGCGUGGCUGAGAAUGCGGCGACGUUGCCGGGAGGAGCUGAAUGAGUGUCGCGCAUCAGACCGCAGCUGCCUCGCGACCGAGACGGAGACAAAUGACAGGCCUGUCCUGCUGUACUUCAUCAUCACCUUGUUCCCGGCCUCAGAACCUUUGCCAUGCUCUCCCACAGAAGCACACCUCUAUCGAUUUCUGCCUAAAAGUCACCACCACCAGGAAGACCACCCAGGAGGCUGGUCUGGUGCUGAAGAUGAAACCCAGGAUUUCUCCUACCCAUUGAGCUACACUCCCCAGCCCUGCAAGCUUCUUGACAGUGUUCCACUGAGAGGGAAGGGAACAGCCCAGGAGUGGAGCAACCUCCUAUUUUCCAGAGAAGAAACCGCAGAAGAGUCGUCCUUCGUCUGCCUAGCUCCGGGUUCUCGCCUCACCACCCCCGUCCGCGCCUGGCACUGCGCCCGGUGCGCCCCAGCCGCCGGAUCGCGCUCGCAGCUCCGACUUCUUGCCUGCCGGGCUCCGUGGCACGUGCCCCGCGCGCCCCUGACCCGUGCUGCACCCCUCCAGGUGGCCUCCGCGCCCACCCUGACCUCCAGAGGUCGCCUGGGGACGGUCGGGGGCCCGGGCUCGGAGGUGGGGGCAGCGGGGACGGCGGCAGGGAGAGGACGCUGCGCCUUUAAGGUGCCACCGCCGCGUGGCAGGGAGACAGCUUGUGCCAGCCCCAUUCCGCCCGGCUCCGCUCGCGACGAGAAACACAAUGCAUAACAAUCAGGCGCGCGCUUGGAGCUGUGCCACGCAGCGGGGGCGGGGCGGGCGCGGCCGGGCGGGCGGGGCGCUGGGGUCGCGACCCCUGCCCCAAGUCGGAGGCCGCGGGGGGCCACCCGCGCUCCCCACGCCCGCGCUCUGCACCCCGCAGCCCGCGCGGCGCCCCGCCCCGGCCGCGCUCCCGCUCGGCGCUCCCUGCAAAGUUCAUUCCCACUAACUCUUUUCCAGGCCACUUCCCCCUCACAUCUGACAAUCCGGGGCCCUCAUUCUCCCAGUAAUCACUCCACUGCACUAAUUGCACAUGCAAAUAUGCAAAUGCGUAUUAAUUAAUUACUAUACUAAUUAGUUCUGUGGUAUUUGCGAGUAAUAAAUCAUUGGAUGGGAGCGAGGAAGCUGGAGACCUGGCCCAUUUUCAUUCUGCAUAAAAUUUUAAUGGUCUCUCUGGCUGAUCCGGGACGGCAACGCGCGGAGAGGCUCUUAAAGGGCCAGAGGAGGCGGGAAAGGGGCAGGGACCGGGAGCUCCGGGUCAUCCCGGCCAGGGACUGGCACCCUGGGCGGGCUUGAGACGAAUCCCCAUUCCCUGUGGGGGCCUGUCUUGAGCCUGCACUUUCCCCCUACCCUUCUCUACCCCUGGCCGCGGGUCCCCAGGGUAGCUUCUAUGGAGAGAAUCUGAGCGGGGAGGAGGGUGAGCCUCGUUUCUUUAAGAAAGGAAAGGAGGCACGGAUCUGCGAGGCCAAUGCAAAGGCUUUUGGAGCCCCAGAGACCCUGGGAUAAGGGAAUGAAGACCCCGUUCCUUGGAUGGCGGGGUAAACUGAGUCACAGAACAAGUCAAUUUUUAAAAAUCUCAUCUUCUGUUCCUAGAAAAUGUCCUCGGUACCCCUAGUCUUUUCUUGUUUCCUGUGGUGACCAUCAAGGUUAGGGGGGCUUCCAGCUUUCUCUUUCCACAUGAUCACACCGCAGCCCCGCCCCCCGUGGGCACCAGCUGGCACCCUGGCAGAGCAGUCCUCGGCUUGAGUGGGCCCCAGGGACCCUGCUUUAUUUCCAGGACAUAGUCUGGACCCAGGGCACAGGGAGGGGGCUGGCUGCUUCAUUGACUAAAGGCGGCUGAGGGAUCAGAGUGGUCCCAAGCCAAGGUCUAGGUGGAUGCCAGAGGUGAGCAAAAUGGGCAGGUGGGGACCAGGGCCUUGUCCUGAGCCACAACCACUACCAGGGCCCCGCCCUCCAGUUCACUUGUAGUCUCUCUCUAAGUGACUUCCUACUUCCACAUGCACAGCAUAGGGGCAAAGCCUCAGGGGGCCCCACUGGUCACACCUCAGCAAACAGUGCAGUUGGGGAACUGUUCCAAGAGCUCUAGAUGUCUUUGAGACGCAGGCUCCAGGCUCCGCUACCUACCCCCAUUUUAUGGAUGGGAAAUAAGAGCACAGGGAGGUUCAAGGUGGCCCACCUGGGAUUGGUGUCAUGGGCUUUGGCAUCUGCAUUCCUUACACACACACACACACACACACACACACACACACACACACACAGAGCACACUCUGCCCUCUCUUCCACCUCACCCACAGCUCCCAGUCCAGGUUCAUGGGCAAGAUCCCAUUCCAUCCUCAUGAAUAUUAGGAUGGAGGUUCUGGGAGCAUCCCCAUUUUAGGCACGUGGAACCCAAGGGUCGAGGGAAGUUGACCAAGUUGCUCUGGACCAUACAGGAAAGCCAGGUUCACUCAAUGUCUUCGGUGGGAGGUGGGGGUGGGUAGAAAGGAGUCACGGCAGCCUCUGAUUACCAGGGAACAGGAGAGAAAAUAGGCUUUCAGCUGGAAAGCUGUGGGGAGAGCUUUCUUCUAGGGAAGCAGGGACCACAGGAGCUCACAUGGGGGAGGAGCUUCCCCUCUUUUUCCUGCUGCAGGCUGGGAAGUGGCCCGCGGCUGCCAGAGGAGGGGCCUGGGGAAGGAGACCAGAGACAGAAAGCCCACCAGGACACUGGAACUCAGGAACCCUACCUGGGGUUUCCCCCCCUAAUUUUGU